AGUUCGGAAUCCCCGACAUUGUUAAACAUGCAACGACAGCAACAAUAUUAUGCACAGAUGCGGAUGCAGAGUAUUAUCGUCAAAUGCAGAUGCGUCGACAAGGAUACAGUAGUUAUCCAGUGGAAAUUCAGCCGACCAGCUCAUUAAUGAAUAAUAGCUCUGCUAAUGUAAGAAAACGAGAAUAA